AUGCCGGUAAUUGCACCGAACUUCCUGGGACGACAAGAAGAGCUAGAGCAGCUGUGGCUGUCUUUACAGCCACCCAAACCCGAGUUACAGUCAUCCAAGCCCGAAUUACAGAAAGUUGCUAUUGUUCAUGGGCUUGGGGGAAUGGGAAAGACACAGCUAGUAAUCCGCUUCGCACGAGACCACAAACGUGAUUUCACUGCUAUCUUUUGGCUGAACGGCAAGGACCGAGCCACUCUUAUGCAAUCUUUAAGCUCUAUCUUGCCCCGGUUACCAGGCCAGUCUCAGAAUACCGAUGCGAUCAAGAACGAAGAGGCAGAACAACGAUCUAGGACUGUUUUACAAUGGCUAGCAUUGGAGGGAAACUCUCGCUGGCUAAUCAUUUUUGACAAUAUUGACUAA